CGCGAGUAAUCUCGAUAUGGAUGCGAGAUACGAGCGGCAAUCUGGCAAUGUGGCACCUACGGCAAAAAGACUACUUCCAACAGUUCCAACUACUUCUAACCUGACUCUGAUUCUCGGGCGCACUGUCCGACGAGGGUGAGGACAUAAUAAUGUCCUAGAACACGGAUUUUGCAGGGUGAAGGAAGAAAAACGCGCGUUAUUAUAUUAAUUAUGUCUGCAUGCGGUGGACGAAGAUGAAUCUACCGUCGAUCAUUUUCGGGGUCCUCUGCUUCCUAGACGUGUUUAGGUCCUCCAGCGCGUGGGAUAACGACGAGUUGGAGGUGUUUGACGUGGUCGAGGAGGUCAAUCAAAAUUUCUAUGAUGUGCUGGGCGUUACGCAGUCCGCGAACGCCUCGGAAAUCAAGAAGGCUUUCAGACGCCUAUCAUUGCAAUUGCAUCCGGACAAAAAUCCGGCGGAGGACGCGGAGCUGCAAUUUAGAACGUUAGUCGCUGUUUAUGACGUUUUGAAAGAUCCUGGAAAGCGGCAAAAGUAUGACAAUGUGCUCGUUAACGGGCUGCCAAAUUGGCGAUCAGCGGUAUAUUACUAUCGUCAUGUCCGAAAGAUGGGAUUAUUGGAGAUGAGUGUUAUAUUAUUCACAGUCAUCACAAUAGGGCAGUAUCUCGUAGCUUGGGCGGCGUAUUUUGAGAAACGGUACACUUACGAACAAGUUUUAGGUAGCAAACUUCAAAAGAUGCAAAAGAAAAAUAGAAAAAGCAAGAUAGACGUUCCAGAUUUAGCUGACAUUUUGGAAAAGAUUCCUACUCCAACAAUGUGGAACACUCUUCCAUUUCAAUUACCAAAGUGGAUAAUAGGUUCAGUGAUUGCUAUACCCUCCACUAUUUGUCUCAUCAUUCAACUCGUGAAAGAGAGGAAAGAGAAGAAAAAACAGGAGGAAGAAGAGGCAUUAGCACAAGAGAGUGAACAGCCUGAACCUGAGGUAAUGUCGCGUAACGUCAGGAAACGUAGGCCUGGCUUUACCCCACAAGAGAGAAGCGGUACUAAUUCUAAGGAGACUAUAAAAAAAGAAGAUUGCGAUUACACAAAUCAUGUAUAUGAGAAGCCAGCUGUAUCUGGUGGCUUGUGGACCGAUAAUGAUAUAUUAGAAUUGAUAAAAUAUGUGAAGAAGUAUCCUGGUGGAACUCCAGAACGGUGGGAGAAAAUCGCGAGCGUUAUGAAUCGUACCGUCGUGGAAGUUACGCACAUGGCUAAGAAGGUGAAAGAAGAAGGUUUGAAGCCUGCUGAAUCAGUGGAGGAAGUUUCUGUGGAAGAAAAACCGAAAAAGGUUAAGACCCGCAGUGAUAAUACUGUCAGUACUGCCGAAUGGAGUCAAGAACAGCAAAGGACUUUAGAAGCGGCCCUGACGAAGUAUCCCAAAGGUGCUUCUGUAGAUAGGUGGGAAAAAAUUGCAAAUUGUGUCGAAGGAAAGACAAAGGAAGAAUGUCAAGUGCGUUAUAGACAAUUGGUGGAAUUAGUGAAAAAGAAACAGCAGUCUCAAUAGUUCAAUUUUUAUAAAAUCUCGUUUUCCUGCAAAUGUACUUUAUACCAUCGAGCCAAGAAAUAGUAUUACUGAACACUAAUAUAAGUGUAAAAGCAAAAAAAAAGUGAUAUUUCCUGGUUAUACAAAAUAUCAAUUCAUCUCUUCUGAAAGAUUUAUAAAUUUCCUACAAAUUCUCUCUCUCUUUUUUAUACAAAUGGUAUGUUAACCAUGUUACAUGUAAUAUGAAUAUGCGUCCGUGAACCAACUCUGUUAUCAUAAGUCAGAGAUACAUCUAAGAAAAGGAAAGAAUAAAUUGAAUAGGGAAAUCUUUCCUAUGUGUCAUCUUAUUAAAUGUUAUCGAGAAUGUAUUUAUUUAAUAAAUUUAAUAAUUAAUCAAGA